CGGGCCAUAAAAUAUAGUGCUAACGUAUCAUCACUAUAGUGAAAUCCAAACAUUUACAUCUUUCUAUUCGUUCACAACGGUCAAAUUUCGCUAGACUAAAAUGAAGAGAAAAGGGGCAGCAAGAUCUAAAGCCGACGCUAAAUCCUCUGUCGCACACCAAGAAGAAGAUGUUCAAAUUGAACUUCAGCACAACAACAAUAACGAAAACGAAGCUGAUGAAGGAGGAGGAGGAGGAUUCUUCGCUUGCUAUCUCUUGGCCUCUCUCAACCCCCGUUUCAAAGGCCACACUUACAUAGGAUUUACGGUGAACCCGCGGCGCCGGAUCAGACAGCACAACGGUGAAAUUGGGAGUGGAGCUUGGAGAACCAAGAGCAAGCGUCCUUGGGAGAUGGUUUUGUGUAUAUAUGGCUUUCCAACAAAUGUGGCUGCUCUUCAGUUUGAAUGGGCUUGGCAACACCCUAUUGAAUCAUUGGCUGUAAGAAAAGCAGCUGUUGGUUUUAAAUCCCUCUCAGGAAUCGCCAAUAAGAUCAAACUUGCAUACACAAUGCUUACCCUUCCUUCCUGGGAGAGCAUGGAUAUGACGGUGAACUUCUUCUCGACCAAAUAUAUGAAGCACUGCGCCAGUUGCCCAAACUUGCCGCAGCAUAUGACAGUUGAGAUUGGCUCGAUGGAUGAACUUCCAUGUUAUACUGAAAGAGUUGACGGUUUGUUAGAGAAUGAAGACGAUAGUAACAAUGAAUUGGAAUUUGAUGAUAACAAUGCUUGCACAAGUGGCUCUGUUCUAGAUGCAUGUGAUGAUUCUAUAACUCCUGAUUCGCCAAAAAAUCCAAGUCAUGGGGAAAACAUUGGUGAACCAUUUGGGUUGAACAAAGAAUCUGAAGCGACAGAACCACCAGGUCAUUCGUUUACUCCAUUUGCGUGGAACAAAGAAUCUGAAGUGACAGAACCAACAAGUCAUUCGUUUACUCCAUUUGAGUGGAACAAAGUAUCUGAACCGACAGAACUCCCAAGUCAUUCGUUCACUCCAUUUGAGUGGAACAAAGAAUCUGAACCAACAGAACUCCCAGGUCAUUCAUUCUCUUCACGAGAGCAUAUUGAACCGUUUGAUUCAAUCUCAUCGCCGAAGGAAAAAGCAUCAUCGGCAACUUUGUCAAAAAGAGGAGUGAUUCAGGAAUCGGAUUUCAUAAGUUCAAUGAAAAAGACUGAUGCCGAGUCAAGUAAAACAGUUUCUGAGCAAACAGGUGCAUUCUUUGUGCCCCAUCAAGCUGAUAUAAUUGAUUUGUCUACGCCUUCUCCUAGCUGUAGAAACGAUAUAGAUAGGAAGAAGAGAAGAGUUUCGUCUGCAGUUAGUUCGGAGUUUAUUGACUUAACAAUGUCCCCUAACUUCAUCCAACUGUAAUGUGUAUGGAACCGUAUCUGUUGGGAGUAUCGCGGAACCGGGAUAUUUGAGUUCGCCAAAAAAUAUGGGGUGUGCCCUAUUGUCAUUCUCUGAUGGCAUAUAGAAUAUAUCAUUGGUAUUGAAUGUUGUAAGAGUGAUGAAUGAAUAAAACCUGAACAAAUAAGUUGUUGUUUCUUUAUGCAAGGUGGAACAAAUAAGUUGAUGUUUCUGUUGUUUUUGCUA